AUUCACAGUCGUCGAAAAAUUUCUUAACAACUCCAUCGUUCAAUACACUAUCUUUGGAUCAAUACAUAAACUCAAUCUUCCGACUGGCUUCGGCAAUGUUGAGAUAAUCUCCUUUCGGUCGUUUCAUCGUCAAGUCCCGCGAUUCCUCAGGGACCUCCCUCCCUCCCGCCUCCGCCGUCAUCAUGAUCGCCUUCAUGCCAACUCCGCUUCUCCUCCUCUAUCUCCCUGAUGAAGUGCUCAUUAACAUUUUCGACUUUCUUGAUUUCGACACCCUUCGCAACGCUUCCCUGGUCUGCAAGCUUUUUGUCGACUUGGCCGAACCACUGUUGUACCGCAAUGUCAACAUCCUCAGUGGUGAGCAGGCUGCUGCCUUCUCCGCCAGUCUGGGUGCCAACCCGCAUCGUGCUACCUGGGUCCGAUCCCUUCUAAUAUCCACUAAAUUUGGAGAGGAUGAGGGCUUGAGCACUCUGCCACCACAUAUUGGUCGCAUGCGUCACCUCCAAGACCUAAGAUUGGAGACCCCGGACUGCAAUGCCAAGUUCCCCGAGGAGAGAGUCGCUUGGGUCAAUCUCCAGGAUCGAUAUGAGCGGAUCUUCGAAAGUGCCUCGGCUGUGGUCCCGGGGGGUCACCGGGUACUCCCCAGUCUGAGAAACUGUACGCUGCACUUCGUGGAUGGUCAAAAAGAGAUAUAUUCUAUGACCAAAUAUGCCAUGUUGUUCUUGCACCCGAAUCUCCGCUCUCUGACCAUGUCUUGCGCCAGCACUGAUUUCACUGACCGAUUGCUCACGCCGUUCCAGCGCGACGAGACGCUAAUGAAGUCCACGAAUCUCGAGCAUCUACAUCUGGAAGAAUGCGAUAUAUUUGAACCUUCCCUCGCAAUUCUACUAAGCUUUCCCAAGGCUUUGAAGUCUCUGAAGAUCAGCGAGGGAAUCCGGUAUGACGGCAUCUUCAAUGCUAGAAGCAGUCGGAUGCAUGGAAAUGUUCAUCCUGGAUACCUAGUUGACGCUAUCGCUGAACAUUGUACGGACUCACUCGAGUACCUAUCAUUGAGCUUGGGUCACCUCCGGCAGGCAUUUCAAAACAUCAAUCAUUCCGGUCACCACCUGGAUCUCACUGCAUUCCAUGCACUCAAACAACUUGAUUUGGACGUUCGAACGGUAAAUCUGGUUAGGGUCAGAGUGCCAUGCGAUCACGCUACCUGGCGGAGGUUCCCUCCCAACCUCGAGACCCUGAAGAUAUUCGGAAUCCCUUUGGGGGAACGACCUCCUUUCCAGGCGAGACGACGUGUUUGGUUUCCCUUUGACAGCUGUCUAGCCGCUGACAAGGCCAGACAUGGUCUCAAAUCCUUGAAGAAUCUCAUCUAUUCAUAUGAAUACUACCGCGAAGAUGAUGAGAUCCCAAGAUCGAGCAUAUCCGACACCGAAAGCGUUGACGAAAUCAACCAGGUAUCCCUAGCACAUCGAAACAUGAUCGAAAAGUGCAAUGAAGUUCUGCCGCAAUACAGGAAGGCAAAUAUCAGGCUGGAAAUUGAAAUGGUGGCAUUGCCUAAUGGUUUCAUUCCACCGUACCUCUUUCCAGAAGACAAGCCGAAAUAUUUCAAAUUGUGGGAAUCGGCACCAGAGUGAUAUUUAAAUGAUGCUCUCGCUAACACGGAGACCAAUUUCGUCCGGGAUGGCGACGGUGAUCUUCGUGCUUGAUGCAAAAUCGGCAUGAUUACUACGGCCAGAGAUAAGAGCCUAGUUCACAGGUACACCACGUUCUUUCCCGCGCAUCGUAUCGCACCAGAAAGCCGCAGCCUUGCUUACAUUGAUGACGCAGGGUCUUCUGCAAUGUUAUUAAUCGGUGCGAAGUCAAUACUGAGUCAUCUUACAAAGAUCAUCAAUUCCACAUUUCCGGGAGUCUUGAAGGGACUCGGUUCGGGGAGCUGCCAGUUAAAGAGCGAAUCAUUUCCCAUCUUCCACACAAAUCCACCACGUACCUAAGCGGCUUUACAUGUACGAGUACAGGCCAUUCCGACGUUUUGUCAGCAGGCCGGACCUGCAUAUGGCGUUUUCACGUGAUCAUUCCCAAUAUAGUAGUUGUUCAGGAUGAAUUACAGCCAACCAUUUGACGAAGGGUUUUAGUAUUCCAGAUUGUUUUGGGAUACUGAAGAACCUCCUAACACUUAUUCGCUCCCUUGCAUGUAGGGGUUCAUGGAUGGCCAAGGAUCAACUUCAGUCCGUUCGCGCCGCUCUAAUGACUUGUCAGCCUUUCGCUGCUCUUCGAUUGCUGGGCAUCUUGGUUUCUUAUGCAAUAGCGUGGUUAUAGCAUGUGCUGAGCUGAUCAAUUACUACAAACUUGCAGAUUUGUUGGUUGUGGUGGUCGAAGGUCUAGGGUUCUGCGAUACUAAUAAAAACCAUUGACUCCCUCUGUCCAUUUGCUCUGCC